GGGAAGGUGGGUGUAUUGAUGGGAGAGUUUGGUGGUCACUCGCCGAGGCGGCGGCGGUCACUGAUGUCUUCCCGAUUGAAGUUUUAGCUGAAAUUUGGUGUGAGUAAACUAGACUUAAUGAAUAAGACGCUAAAAAAAAUUCAUCAAAAAAUUCACUGGGAACCGCCCGAAAUGGCGACGGCCGGACAAAGGAUCCUAUAUAAAGGGUUAUUUGACAUUUUUAUGUGAGUACAAGGGUCUAUCUGACCCUUUUCCUAGUAUCUGCUCAUGUAAAUGCCAACAUCCUUGAUUAGGAUGAGACUCAAACCUGUGGCCUCCUCUUUGGGAGAUCAGCAGUGAUGCCAUCAGACCACAAGGUACUUGGCUACUCUAGGAUUUUUUAACAUGUAAAUAUUGGCAAAUUCAUACAGAGUAUGUUUAUACAAUAGGGUUUAAUCAAGGCCGGUCGGAUAUAGGGGCAGGUUUGGGGGUUGCUCAAGGCCCAACAGGAAGAGGGGCCCAUACAUUAUUUAGUGUCUCUUUCACCUCAUGCGCGCUUGAUCGGGGGAUGUGUACGGUGGGAUGUGUACGGUCAAGCCUAUUUGAGGUGCUUGCAGAUGAAGUUUUAUGAUGAAAAUUUGUGAGCACGUUUUUCAUUAAAUGUAGAUUACGUUCACAAAAUUUCAGCUUAAAAUUUAAUCGGUAAGUCUGUUAAAUAAUUAUUGAAAACCAAUGUGCUUUAUAUAUGUUUAAAAAGCGCAGUGUUUUCAACAAUUUGUUUAACUAACUUCCCAAUUGAGUUCGAAACUGAAGUUUUGCGUAAAUACUUUAAUCUUUAUGAAAAAAAUGUUCACAAAAUUUUAUCAACAAAUUGACUCAGAAGCUCCUUAAAUGGACUUGUGUAUGUGGCAUCUUGUAGUGCGCCUCACCAGAUCAUUUACUAUACUCUUAGGACUCCACAAAAGAUAUCCCUCAACUCUCAUAUCCAUAGACUUAGGCACAACGGCAGAGCUACACAUGAAAUACGAUCGGAUGACUUUAUACCUUCCUCACAGAAGUCGAGAACUAAAAGUUGAUAGUAUUACCGACAAUUUUGCUUCUAAGGAUGCCUAAAAAUUGUUUUGUAUGUCUUAUGAUACUGAGUAGUUCUAUGGACAAACAUUUACUUAUGUAACGAAUUUUAUUUUUGACAAUGAAACUCUUGUAAUAUAUUCUUAUAGCAUACUCCCUCCGUAAUAUAAAAAUCUUUCCGCUUUCCUUUUUCGUCCGUAACAAAAAAAUCUUCCAAUUUUUAAGUCUUACCACCAUACUCUCAAUAAUUCUGAAAGUAAUGCACUAUUACAACUAUGUUUUUUGGAUUUAGCCUACAUUCCAUCACAUUAUUCCACUUUCUUCCCAUCAUGCUCUCAAUAAUUCAUAUCCUUUUUCACUAUUCUUAAUCUAGCUAUUUUCGAAAUGAGAAGGUUUUUAACUUACGGAGGAAGUAUAUAAUUGAGGUCUAUUUUUUGUCUUUGUCCGGUGUCCCGGGCCUAUAAAUUGUGUUGAGAGGCCCUAGGGUUAAUUUGACGUUUGACUGGGUUUGAGUGUAUUCCUGUUUUUAUGCAUCCAAUUGUGAUUGUGCUGUGAGAUUAUACAACCAAACAUUAUACUUCGUAGCUUAUAUUGGGAACAUGCCCGGCGCUUGUGCCGUGAGAGAAUUUGGUCACCAUUUCAAAGCGGCAGCUGCGGCUGGAAUUCGAUUUCUGUUGAAGGAUUGGGCCGACGUGAGGGAUUAUCACAAGAGAGGGCCUCUCCAUCAUGCAGCCGCAGAAGGGUUUAGCGACGCAUGCAAGUACUUCGUGGAGGAUCUGAAGCUCGAUAUCGACGACAAAGACGACUUCAACAAGACUCCUCUGAUCUAUGCCGCUGAGCAUAAACAUACAUCUACGGCCAAACUCCUGGUGGAUUAUGGUGCUGCUUUAGAAUGUAACAAGGGAAGAUUUCCCCUGCUUUAUGCUGUCGAAAAUGGAGAUAUUGAGCUCAUGAAAUCCUUACUUUCUAAGGGUGCAAAAGUUGAUUUUUCUAACAGUGAUUUCUGUAGUGCACUUGUGCACGCUGCAAUGUCUGGCCACCAUGAUGCUUCCAGACUUCUGCUUGAACACGGCGCCAAUCCAAACGGGCAUCCUUAUUCGGACACUUUUACUCCUCUCAGAUUCGCUAUUCAAGCACGUUCUCUACCAUGUGUGAAGCUGUUGGUGGAGGCAAAUGCAACUCUGAAUGGUGAGGAGCAUGAAAUCUCCUACAUUUGGACUAUGAAAAAUGCCCCUCUCCCUUUGCACCUUGCUGCUGUUUACGGUAACUCAGAAAUUGUGAAACGGUUGCUGCAAAACGGAGCAGAUCCCAACAUUAAAAGGGUUGCAAGGUUUUCGGACGAGGAUGUUUGGAUACCAAGGAAACCAAUAUGGGUGGCGGCUCAAUAUGGUCAUGUAGACGUGGUUAAAGAUCUUUUCCCCUGUACUAAACCCGAUUAUGAGGAGUGGAGCAUUGAUAGCAUUCUUGGUCACAGGCAACCUAUAAGGAAAGGGAAGAAAAAAGACAGAGCAGAGAGGAUGCAUAAGGGAAAGGGAAGAAGAAGUCAUUAGAUCAAACCUUUUCACUACUAAAGAGGUUCUUUAAAAGAGAAAUUGUCUUAAAUAGGAGUAAAAAAGUUUUGAAAUUCCAAAAAAGGAGUAUCACGUUUUUUAUUCCCUAAAUAGGAGUAAUCUACCAAGUUUGGGAAAAAAUGCCAUGUUUAAAGCCUUGUAAUGUCCAAACUUGGCAGAAAUUUACUCCUAUUUAGGGAAUAAAAAACAUGAUACUCUUAUUUUAGAAUUUCAAAAAGCUUUUAUUCCUAUUUAGGGAAUUCUCUCUUUUUGAGUUUUUCAAAGUGUGGAUGAAAAUAAUCUACAAGCUUUUUAUUUAAUAAGUCAUUUUGUUAUUAAUGUAUCAUAACUGAUUGUAGUGUGUCCAUUGAUCUCUUGGUAUCCUUUUUAUUAGUUCAGCUUUCAUGUGUUGAUUACU